AUGACAUAGAUUUUGAAGGAAGUUAAGUUGUCCCAAUUCUUCCAACAAAAAAAUGGAAGUAAAAUCAAAUCAAAACCUAGAAAACAAACCAAUAUUAGCUGAUGAAGAUCUAUAUAACAAAAAGAAGAACAACCUGCCUAACUUCUUUUUGUCCAUCAAGCUCAAACAUGUAAAGCUUGGUUACCACUACCUAAUCUCCAAUGCCAUUUAUCUCUUGUUAAUAGCACUCCUUGUCAUGUUAUUAGCUCAAAUUUCAACAUUCAGUGUUGAAGAUCUAAUUGAGCUAUCAAAUCAUCUGAUGUUCAAUUUCCUAGCAGCAGUUACAUGCUCAGCUUCUAUGAUCUUUAUCAUCACUCUCUAUUAUAUGAGCAAGCCAAGGAAAGUCUACUUGGUUGAUUUUUCUUGUUACAAGCCCGAACCAUCUCAUAAGGUUACUAGAGAGCAAUUCUUGCAGCUGUCUGCAGCAUGUGGAUUCUUCACAGAAGAGAGUUUAGCCUUUCAAAGGAGAAUCUUGGAGAAAUCAGGUUAUGGUCAAAUGACAUAUGGACCUAAAGGCCUGAUGAAGAUUCCUCACGACUCGUCCAUGGCCGAGUCAAGAAGUGAGUCAGAAAUGGUGAUGUUUGGAGCCAUUGAUGAGCUCUUAUCAAAAACUGGAGUUAACCCUAGAGAGAUUGGGAUACUCAUUGUGAACAGUAGUUUGUUCAAUCCCAGUCCUUCUUUUUCCUCUUUAAUUGUCAAUCGGUACAAGCUCAAAGAAAACAUUUCGAGCUAUAAUCUUGGUGGUAUGGGCUGCAGUGCUGGACUCAUUUCUAUCGACCUAGCCAAACACCUUUUGCAGGUAAAUCCCAACUGUUAUGCUUUGGUGGUAAGCACAGAAAACACUACGCGCCACUGGUACAUUGGCAAGGAACGAUCCAUGCUUAUCACAAACUGCCUAUUUCGUUUAGGAGCAGCUGCCAUUCUCUUAUCCAACCGAUCAUCCGAUCGCCAACGUUCAAAGUAUCAGCUCAUCCAUACCGUUCGGACCCAUAAAGCUGCUGAUGAUAAAUCUUAUAACUGCGUAAUGCAACAAGAAGAUGAGAACCAAUUUCUCGGCAUCUCCCUAUCAAAAGACCUCAUGGCGGUUGCUGGUGGAGCCGUCAAGGCAAACAUCACCACUCUCGGGCCAUUAGUUCUUCCUGUCUCCGAACAACUACUGUUUUUCGCAACCUUAGUUGCGAAAAAGAUCUUUAGAAUGAAGAUAAAGCCAUACAUUCCUGAUUUCAAAUUGGCAUUUGAGCACAUCUGCAUUCAUGCAGGAGGACGGGGUAUUUUGGAUGAGAUAGAGAAACACCUCGAGCUCACUCCAUGGUAUAUGGAGCCUUCAAGAAUGACUCUUUACAGAUUUGGUAACACUUCAAGUAGUUCUUUAUGGUAUGAAUUGGCUUAUACUGAAGCAAAAAGAGGAAUCAAGAGAAGUGAUAGGGUGUGGCAAAUAGGAUUCGGUUCAGGGUUCAAGUGCAACAGUGCAGUCUGGCAUGCUUUGAGGACUAUCAAUCCUGAGAAAGAAAAGAACCCUUGGGUGGAUGAAAUUAAUGAAUUUCCUGUUCAUAUACCUAAAUCCACACCCAUAAUUUAUUGAGUACCUUUUCUUUUUUCCUUAUUUUAUCAAGGGUCGGCACUUAUAUGUAUCUUUUCUUGAAGUUAAUGCGUAGUUUGAUUAGGGUUAACUUUUCCUAAGUAUGUUAUAUAUUUGAACAUCUUUUGGGCAGAAAAACAAGUGUCUCUUUACCAA